AUGAUGCUGCCCCCAAAAUUGAGGCCACUGCUGUUGUUCCUGGUUUCCCAGAUGGCUGUCUUCAUUCUAUUCAUCCAUUUGUACAACCACAACAACUUCAACUCCUCGUCUACGAGGGAGGAGCCCCAGCCUAUGCACGUGCUGAUCCUGUCUUCCUGGCGCUCUGGCUCAUCUUUUGUGGGGCAGCUUUUUGGACAGCACCCAGAUGUCUUCUACCUGAUGGAGCCUGCCUGGCACGUCUGGAUGACCUUCACACAGAGCACCCCCAGGAGCCUGCAUAUGGCGGUGAGGGAUCUGAUACGGUCCGUCUUUCUGUGUGAUAUGAGCGUCUUUGAUGCCUACAUGAAACCUGGCCCCCAAAAACAGUCCAGCCUCUUCCUGUGGGAAACCAGCCGGGCUCUGUGUACCGCACCCGCCUGCAACAUCUUCCCGCAGGAUACCAUCACAAACCCGGAUAACUGCAGGCUCCUGUGCAGUCAAGAGCCCUUUGAGGUGGUGGAAAAGGCCUGCCGCAACUACAGCCACGUGGUGCUCAAGGAGGUGCGCUUCUUCAACCUGCAGGUGCUGUACCCGCUGCUGAGGGACCCUUCCCUCAAUCUGCACAUCGUGCACCUGGUCCGGGACCCCCGGGCAGUGUUCCACUCCCGAGAACACACCACAAACGAGCUCAUGAUUGACAGCCAAAUUGUGAUGAGACAGGAGCAGCAGAAACUCCAGGAAGAUGACAAACCCUACUAUGUGAUGCAGAUCAUCUGCCAAAGCCAGCUGGAGAUCUAUAAGGCCGUGCAGACCUUGCCCGAAGACCUCAAGCAGCGCUACCUGCUCAUGCGCUAUGAGGACCUCGUCCGGAAACCCCUGGCCCAGACUGCCCGAUUGUAUGACUAUGCAGGAUUGAAAUUCUUGCCCCACCUCCAGACCUGGGUGCACAACAUCACUCAAGGCAAGGGCACGGGUAGUCAUCCCUUCAAAACAGAAUCCAGGGAUGCCGUCAGCACCUCCCAGGCCUGGCGCUUGUCCUUGCCUUACAAAAAGGUUUCUCGACUUCAGGAAGCCUGUGGCAAAGCCAUGAACAUGCUAGGCUACCGCCUCAUUAGAUCUGAGCAAGAGCAGAGAAACCUGUCACUGGAUCUCCUGUCUACCUGGACCCCUUGA